AUACACUUACUCGAGAAACAUACUACCGGUCUCCAAAUACGAUCUGCAACACGUAAUAAUUUUAAUGUUCAUCGAGGACUGCGAAUGAAAACCGUAGUUAAGGUCAACACUAUGAUCGCAGACCGAUAAAAAUUCGCUUUUCCAAGUUCAAGUUUCUACUUACAGUUGUUAUCAGGUGACAGUGUGAUUGUGAAAGAGAUCACAGAAAGUGCUCCACGAAAAAAAUGCUUCUUCCUAGUUUCAAGUAUGUGUAUGUUUCGGCUGCAGCGGCCAGCUUGCUCAUGUUCAUGGCAGGCACUGCAUGCUGUUGGUCCUCUCCAGAAAUACCAAAGCUUCUAAAUGUCACGGAGAAUCCCUUCGGGAGGGCAAUAACGCCGGAAGAAAUUUCGUGGAUAUCUUCGUUGUUGACCUUGGGUGCAGCGUUUAGUCCUUUUCUGUAUGGAUUCCUGGCCGAUAGUAUUGGAAGAAAGCCAUCGAUGUUGCUAGUGGGAGUGCCGUUUUUUCUUUCUUAUGUAAUGCUGGCGACUGGGACGGUCAUCGAAAUAUAUUAUGUCGCAAGAUUUUUGUCGGGAAUUGGUGUUGGAGGAGUAUUUACACUGGUUCCCAUGUACAUUGGAGAGAUAGCUGAAAGCAGAAACAGGGGAUUGAUCAGCUGUCUAACGGGAGCUGUUUGCGCAAUUGGUCUGCUCUUUUCAGUGUCACUAGGACCAUUCAAGUCAAUACAGUUUUUUAACACCGUUUUAGCAAUCCCUCCUUUGGUCUUCCUAAUUGUUUUCAGUCUUCUGGCCGAAGAAAGUCCCAUCUAUCUAGUCAAGAAAAAGAAAUGUGAUAAGGCAGAAGUAGCAUUGCAAAAUUUAGGAAGAACUACAGAAGUAAUCAAAAAGGACAUUAUGGAAAUGCAAGCAGAGUACGAAAAUAAGGAGGAUGAUAAAGUGGAUAUCAUGGAAAUGUUAAGUUCAAAAGCACUUUUGAAAGGUAUUAUUGCCUCUGUGGGUCUUCUUGUAUUUCAGCAAUUGUCAGGAAUAAACGCCAUAAUGUUCUAUAGUCAGACUAUUUUUGAGGCAGCUGGCAGUACCAUUCCUCCACAUAUUUGUACCAUUAUUCUAGUAGGCGUACAGUUCGUCAGCAGCUUUAUAGUACCAUUUGUAGUAGACAGGUUCGGUCGCAAGCUAUGUCUCCAAAUCUCAGCUCUGGGAAUGAUAGCAUCCAGUGGUCCUUUAGCCAUCUACCUUUACAUAAGAACUGCUGGCUACAAUGUAGAAGACUUCUCCUGGGUACCUGUCCUAACCCUCACUACCUUCAUAGUAUUUUUCAACUUCGGAUACGGUCCACUUCCGUGGACAGUACUAUCGGAAAUGUUUUCGACGAAAUAUAGAUCAUUAGCCAGCGCAUUUGUUUCGACAAUUUGUUGGUUGGUGUCGUUUUUAGUUACCAAAUACUUUGGAUUGGCUGUAGCAACGUUUGGGUUGGGCAACGUGUUUGGUUUUUCGACGGUUUGUUGCUUGGCAUCGGUGAUCUUUUGUUGGCUAUGCGUUGUUGAAACCAAAGGCAAAAGUCUGCAGGAGAUACAAGAUAUAUUGAAUAGGUAACCAGUUCGUCCGUUGGUUACUUUCAUUUUAUUUGUAUAAUGAGUGUUAAUCGAGUCAUUCAACUAUUAAGUCUUUUCAUUCAUAAUUAACUAUACAACUUAUUUACUCGUGUGCUAAAAGUAAAAAAAAUGGGAAAUGUCUUCUAUUGAUCAUUAAUGAUAUUUCUGUUAUGUGUUUCCGUAGCAUGAAGGAGACAAUAGUUUAUCGCAUUUGUUUUGUUACUUAAUACUAUUUAGUAUGUGCCAGAUUUUGUACAAUAAUGAAAAACCAGUGUUAAUUCACGUAAUUCUAAAUUGCGUUUUGUUUUUGUAGCUGUUUCUAUCAUUUUUGUUGUCUGUUUAACUUCGUACCUACUGACAGUUUUCUGUUCUAUCUAUAAAAUAAUUAGUUAGCGUGGUGGUCAGCAUCAUCACUGAAAACAAAGUGACUAAAUGAUGAAACCCUAGUGAAGAUUCUAGUGAAGAUAGUGAAGAACUUCAUUUUUAACUCCAAUUAUUCGGCCGGCAGUCUUAUUUAGGAUGCACUAUGAAAAAUAAAACAUGCUUCUCCUUUAUCUCUUGCAGCACUAUAUCCCGGGAGGAGUGUUAGCUGUAUUCUCAACCCGCUUUCAUCUCGAUCGGUCGUCCAUGAUAGCUGAGUCAGUGGGUAGCCUCAAUGGUCUUAAGUCUGACCAUAUGCUAUCUGUCCAUCGCAUUCAUGUUUGUUCUAAGGGCCUUCUGCCUAUCGGGGCUUCCUCCUAGGUUAACUUAAUAAGACGGUUAUUAGGGAGUCCAUGGAUAUAACCAGAUAAUAAACGUUGUGAGAUGCAAUGUAGAAGAUAUAAAUGGAUGGGUGACAAAACGGAAAAAGGAGUGGAACGAACGCAUUAGUACAAUUGCAGAGGAUAGGAUAGUACGAAUAGCACGAGAUAGGUCACCAAAUGGACGAAAAAGUAUUGGCAGACCAAGAAAAAGAUGAUGCGAUAAUUUAAACAAUUUAGGAGGCUUAUAUUGAAGAAGAAACAGGUUUUAAAGUCUACAUACAAGAAGGAAGAAGAUGAAGAAGAAGAAGAAGAAGAAGAAGAAGAAGAAGAAGAAGAAGAAGAAGAAGAAGAAGAAGAAGAAGAAGAAGAAGAAGUGCACGAAAGCAGUGGUUUUGUGACAUUGAUAGAUAAAAUCGUUGGAUAUUAAUUUAGAAUACAUUUUUUAAUAUUUGUUUAAUAAAUGUUGUUCUGAAGCUAUUUCCUUGUGGCAUUUUUAUAAUGAACCAUUUAGAUGGGAAAUAAGCCACAAUUAAAUUGAAAAAAAAGAAUGUGUGUGUACUUUGUACGCACGUAAGAAGUUAUACUUCUAUUAUAUGAUUUAAACGAAAUUAAUAUACUUUUUAUUUAUAUUUUGUUUAAAUAUUAAACUAAUUUAUACUUACUACUUCUCAAACAUUUUUAUUAGAACAGUGCCAAAAAUUAAAAUAAUAAAAGAAUAAAACACACACAAACACAUUAAACAAGCCACAAAUGAUGUCUGAACAUUAAUUGUCGAAAAUUUUUUUAACUAAAUACGUAUUUUCUGAAAAUACAAUUAUAUAAUAAAUAUACUUACAAUCAUAAAAUGUAUUAAAAAAAAACAAAAAAGAAAGUUUCUAUUGGGACUCGAACCAGCGCUGAUAAGAGCGGUUGGUAUUGGAAUUCAUUCGCCUUCUCCGCUUAGCCACGGACACUAUGUGUCAUUAUUUACGAAGAUCGACUAACUAAACGGAUUAAACUUGUGAUAUUUUGAUAUUUUGAAAAUUGAUCAAAUUAUUUUAAUUUUGAAUUGAAAUGAUUUAGAAUUGAAAAAAUACAACAAAAC